UAUGGCUGAGAAGGCAGUUUGGGACAAUACAAAUGUGAAGCACUUGAUUGACAUAUGCAAGGAGGAGAUUUUAGCUGGGAAUAGGCCUGGAGGUUGUUUCACUAGAAAUGGUUGGAAGAAUAUGGAGGACAAGUUUUUGGCAAGGUGUGGGGUGAAAUUAGUAAAGACACAAUUGAAGAAUAAAUUGGACAAUUUGAAAAAAGAUUACACACAGUUCAGGUCUAGAACUAUGAAUUUUACUUUGAUGCAGUAUAAAUAUGGGGCCUACAUGCUAGUAGUCUUAUGAUGUAUUGAUUUCACAGUAUCUUUCGUUGGUCUUCUGCUUGUUCAUCAACAUUACACUUCAGAAUGCAUCUCAUUUCAGUGUUUCACUGCGCCUUUCACUCUAUCUUUGUGAAGCACCAUUCUUUUGUUGGAUAAUGUGUAACUCUAUACUCUUGUUACUUCAGAACAGCAAGGUGGGGUCACUCUUAGCUGGGUUGAUUGCUGGUCCUUCUACGCUCCUGAGUGGACCAGGAACUCAACAUACUAGUUUGGCUAUAUACAUUCUCAUGCGUGGCCUCUCUCUUCAUUUUCCUAGUCCAAACCUGCAACGGAUCACCUCCCAAAAUCAAAUGGCUCAUUGGAUUUCAGUUGGCUGGGAGGGUGGAUCAUGUUUUCCUGGACUACUUCGACAGCAAUCUCCAUCAAAUCUGUCAGGAGCAAAAACGACUCCUCCAAACUUUAUGAAGGAGCAGAGGACAUACUUCGCAGACGUCGGCGCCUCUUUGAGCUGCCAGUGGAAGAUUGGCCCCAUGGAGCCAAAAUUGCCGCCGCCGCCGCGCGCGCUGCCGCUGCCGCAUUUCACCCUCCCGCCCCUCGCCGGCGAGGGCCACCUCUUCGUGGCAGCGCUUCGCUCCCACAUCUCUGCCUCGCCGACCCCCACCGCCGCCUCGCUCUCCCGCUUCCUCCCGGGCCUCACCCCGCUCCGCCUCACCCACCUCCUCCUCCUCCUCGGCCCGUUGCUUGCCAAGGGGAUCCCACACGACCUCCUCGCCGCGCUCCUCCCUUUGCCUCCUCCGCCGCUCCCGCUCGCCGUCCUGCUCCACUCCCUUCCGCCGCGCCGCUGCAACGAGCUCCUCGCUUCAGUUCUCCCCUCCGUCUCGCCGCAUGCCUUCCCGGACCUCCUACACCACGUCCUCCUAACCGCCCGCCUCGCCAGCACAACACAGAGCGCCCCUGCAGUGCUAGCCCUUGACGUCCUCUUCUCCUCAUGCGCGCGGAACAAGAAGCUCUCCCGAGCCACGCUUGCCUACCGCUCCAUGCGCGCGCACGGCCUGCUACCAACCGUCGUCUCCUGCAACGUCUUCAUCUCGGCCGCACUGCGGUUGCGGCGCCCCGAGAUCGCCGUCUCUUUCUUCCGGGAGAUGCGCCGGUGCCGGAUGUCGCCCAACGUGUACACGGCCAACAUGGUGAUGCGCGCACACUGUGCCCUGGGGCGUGUCGCGGAGGCAGCCCAGGUGCUCGAUGAAAUGUCAGACUUGGGGAUUUGUAGAACGCCAACCAGUUUCAACACGCUAAUUGCCACGUACUGCAAGGACGAUGGUGGAAUGGAGCUCGCCUUUAGGCUAAAGAAGAGGAUGGAGCAGGAGGGGCUCAUGCCGAACGAGGUGACAUACAACGCGAUCUUGCAUGGAUUGUGCAAGAAGGGAAACAUGUGCCGGGCAAACCAGUUGGUGGGUGAGAUGAGGGCAAACGGGGUGGAGCCAAACACGGUUACGUUCAAUACACUGAUUCAUGGAUAUGUGAGGCUCGGCGAUAACGAGUCGGCAUCAAGGGUUCAUGAGGAGAUGGUGAAGGCUGGUGUGGGGGUAGAUAUGGUGACAUAUAAUGCACUUAUUCUUGGGCUAUGCAAUGAAGGAAAGGUGAAGAAGGCCGGGCAUUUGGUUCAGGAGCUUUGCAGGACAAAGCUUGAGCCGAAUGCGUCAACUUUCAUGUCAUUGAUUGUUGGGCAAUGGAAGAGGCAGAACUCGGAGCGAGCACUGGAUCUAUUAAAUGCAAUGAAAAAAAGUGGCUUCCAUCCGAAUUAUGAUGCAUAUAAGAUGGUUGUAUCCACUUUCUGCAAGAACAAGGAUUUUGAAGGAGCACUUGAUAUCUUGAAGGAUAUGCUUGCAAGGUGCAUGGCUCCAGAAAUGGACUUGUUGCAUGAAUUCUUUGAAGGCCUCUCUGAAGCUAAAAAACUGCACCUGGUGGAGGACCUCCGUUCAGUGGCCAACGGUGCAAGGUUUAUUCCUGAUGUCUACUAUACUGGUGAUUAUAGGAAUAAAGAUAAAGAGAAGAACGAAUGUUAACAUGCAUUCUGGACUACUAAGUCUCGUGAAUAUUGAAAAUGUGUUGGUCAAGUGGACUAAGAUGGUUCAAAGAAGUCAAGAAUUCCAAUCUUUAUAAUGGCAAAAUAGCCGAUUUUGUCCUCCAGCUUUUGCUUUUAAUGAAGGGUCAAUUUCAUCCCUAAACUAUCAAAACUACCGUUUCAAUCCCAGAACUUUUCCAUGCAGCUCAAUUUAGCCCUUUGUCCUACGUGUCUUGCCAUGUUGGCACACCAUAUCAGCAUCUAAGUGAUCCUGUUUUUUAGCAGCAACAUGUAUUGGUUCAUACACACUUCAAUAUGGCACAACAAAACUUUAGCUUCUAUCUACAUAUUUUUUUUCAUAAAAAGGAACUUUUGUGCAUGUAUAAUAAAUUUAUUCCUUAAAUUGGGAUCAACUUCCUUCUUUAAAAAAUGUACCCAUUUUAGUUUCAUCAAGGUCAAACUUUUAUAAUUGUCAAAUUUAGAAUUUUUUUAUAAACCACAGCUGACUGGAUGUUGACAAUGCGCGCCAACAUGGCAUGACAUGUAGGACAAAGGACUAAAUUGAGCCGGAUGAAUAAGUUUGAGAACUGAAAUGGUUGUUUUGAAAGUUUAGGGAUGAAGUUGAGCUUCGGCUCAAAGUUUGAGGAUGAAAUUGACUAUUCCGCCCUUUAUAAUUAUGCUGAUGUGAAACUUGUUUAGGGUGUGCUUCGGAGUUCUUUUCAGCAUAUUUCCACUUAUUGGUUCAGCCAUCCUUGCAGCACCUAGUUUGUGUAAAUCGUCAAAAUGCAAAUUCUGUUGAAGGACAACCUACCAAAAUUUUGGAAGCAGUGAAAUCAUGGAAACCUGUUGUACUUCAUGCCACACAGAGGGUGUCUAUGAAAACAAAAAACUUUCAUAAUCAUAGGAGGACUGCGCAUCUAUAUUCAGAAGAAAAGGGGUGGGGAAAAGAGCCCCAAGUGUUACAGCUAAGGGCCUGUAACCCGCCCAGUACAAACACAAAAGACUAUUCUCCUAAAACGAGGGAACGGAAGGACCAGACUACACACACACUAACUUAGCCUGCUGGUGGCACUAGAGCGAGGAGGUAAGACACCCCUCGAGCCCCAGCAAAAGACCACUGCAAAAGGUCAUCCUCUAAGGCAGAAAGGACCUUAGGCACACUAGGAGAGAUCCCAUCAAACACGCAGCGAUUGCGAUGGUUCCAAAUAGACCAGGCCCCUAGGAUGAUAAGAGAGUUUAACCCUUUUCGGACCAGCCCAUCAACUCUUCCAAUUGGCACCUGACCAGCAAUCAUCAAAUAUUGUUGGUAACUUGGGUGCAUACAUUGGAAGUGGACACCUGUACUAACAUAGCAUGGAUACCUGCAAUAUUUUUGUCAAAUGAGAAAACUGGGAAAGACAUCAUAUAGUCUUUUCACCUGUAUAGUUUGGUAUUAUCCAAGUUAAAGUAAGCUAAUCUUCAAUACUCAAGUGGAAAGGAGCUUGCCUAAAUAGAUAGGAUGCAACAGGUCUUCGAUACGCAAGUGGCGAUACCUAAGGUUUGUAGCCGUCCACUUUGAGAUGUGCAAGCCAGAUUUUAUUUAGAUUUGUAUCAACCCUAAUUUUCAUUGAUGUGCUAUUUGGGACUUCAGCACCAAAAUGCUAUUGGGGACUUGAACACCCUGAUUUUCAUUUUGCACAAGUAAAGUGACAGUAACUCCAAUAUAAACUGACUGGUCUUAGUGAAUGCUGCACAAGCUUGUUGAAUUCUGGUAAUGCGGCUAAUGCCAAGAGCAGCAUGGUGAUCACAAUUUAAGAAAUUUCAUACGAUCGUUCACUAUAUAAGCAGAUGUUACUAGAAUUGUGUAUUGCUGAAUGACCCCCUGAGAGCUUGGUUGCAUUACGACUAAGUGCCCAAAGUUUUUGUCAAGUAAUGACUGGUAUCAUGCCUGGCUCAUUAUACAAUGGACUCUGCGCCAGUAAUUCCCUGCAUCUAGUUUUUAUCAUCAAAUGGCCUAAAUGGGUUAACAGUGGUAAAACAGGGCUGUGUUUUGAAUCAUUUAACAAUUGUGUGGAAUUUUGUUUUUUUUUUCUUCUGCUUUUUGAGGACAUGUGUCUAGAGCAUUACAUAUAUGUGUAUAACAGGCACCUAGGGAUCUGUAGGAUGAUAAAUCCUCAUGCACUACCUUGCCUCUGGUUCAGUCAAUCUUAUGAUUUCACAGCUUUUCAGUUAAACCACAUGGCAUCAAGGGUGUGUUAGUUGUUUUUAACUAUUUCAUUUGCCAAUGAAAACUCCCGAGUUAACAUGUUUUGCGCAUAUAAAGGUGUUACUUGCUAUAUGCAGGGUGUGACGUGUGAUUGAUGGAGAAAUGUUCGUUUGUUCUAUGUACCGCUGCUGGGACCUUCAGGUAAAGAACUAAUAAGGCAGAUCAUAGAAGAUGAAGACUCAUUCUAGAUCAACAUUAUGCAGGUUCAUAAACUCGUGGAUGGCGUGGGAAAAAGAUCGAUUACCGCAAAGAUGAUGGCAUGCACUUCAAGAGCUGCUCUCGGUGGCAAUAAUCUUGCAGCAUUUUGGAAUGUCACGAAAAGUUAUGGUUUAUGUCGACUUGUCACUCAUUCUGGAAUCUGGGGGACCCAUUGCAAAAUUGCAAACCCAGCCUCAUCUUCGUGGACGUAUGCUUUGGGACUAGAAUGUUAACCAAAGCAGACGUUGCCUGCAAAACAAUGAUUAUGUCGACUUGUCACUCUCA